CAGACAGCGCUGGGAGCACACACCGCCAGUCUGUGCGCAGAGCCAGAGGCCGCGGGGACACCGGGCCAUGCACGCCCCCAACUGAACAACACCUCAAAGCCACAGUUCCCAGCAGCACAGCGCAUUUCAGGGAGCUCAGACUGAGAGGAACCUCUGCGGAGAGACCCCGGAAGCCCCCUCUAGGACAGUCCCUCACCUCGACGCUCUCCUAGUGCAGACAGGAGCGCGCAGUGGCCCCAGCUCGCCGUGCCAUGGAGAGGAUCCCCAGCGCGCAGCCACCCCCUGCCUGCCUGCCCAAAGCGCCCGUGCUGGAGCACGGAGACCUACCAGGGAUGGAUUUUGCUCACAUGUACCAAGUGUAUAAGUCGAGGCGUGGAAUAAAGCGGAGCGAGGACAGCAAGGAGACCUACAAAUUACCGCACCGGCUCAUCGAGAAAAAGAGACGUGACCGGAUUAACGAGUGCAUCGCCCAGCUGAAGGAUCUCCUGCCCGAACAUCUCAAACUUACAACUUUGGGUCACUUGGAAAAAGCGGUGGUUCUUGAACUUACCUUGAAGCAUGUGAAAGCGCUAACAAACCUAAUUGAUCAGCAGCAACAGAAAAUCAUUGCCCUGCAGAGUGGUUUACAAGCUGGUGAGCUGUCGGGAAGAAACAUUGAAGCAAAUCAAGAGAUGUUUUGCUCAGGGUUCCAGACAUGCGCCCGGGAGGUCCUUCAGUACCUGGCAAAGCACGAAAACACUCGGGACCUGAAGUCUUCCCAGCUUGUCGCGCACCUGCACCGAGUGGUCUCUGAGCUGCUGCAGGGUGGUACUGCCAGGAAAGCAUCAGACGCAGCCCCCAAAGUGAUGGACUUUAAGGAGAAAGCCGGUUCCCUGGCCAAAGGCUCGGAAGGCCCUGGGAAAAACUGUGUGCCAGUCAUCCAGCGGACUUUCGCUCCCUCGAGUGGGGAGCAGAGCGGCAGUGACACGGACACAGACAGUGGCUACGGAGGAGAGUCGGAGAAGGGUGACUUGCGCAGUGAACAGCCGUACUUCAAAAGUAAUCUUGGACGUAGGUUCAGCAUGGGAGAACGGGUCAGCACAAUUAAGCAGGAGUCUGAAGAACCCCCUACCAAAAAGAGCCGAAUGCAGCUCUCAGAUGAUGAAGGCCAUUUUACUAGCAGUGACCUGAUCAGCUCCCCAUUCCUGGGCCCACAUCCACACCAGCCUCCCUUUUGCCUGCCCUUCUAUCUGAUCCCACCUUCAGCGACUGCCUACCUGCCCAUGCUGGAGAAGUGCUGGUAUCCCACCUCUGUGCCGGUGUUAUACCCAGGCCUCAAUGCCUCUGCUGCAGCCCUCAGCAGCUUCAUGAACCCAGACAAGAUCUCGACUCCCCUGCUUAUGCCCCAGAGACUCCCUUCUCCCUUGUCGGCCCAUCCGUCCCUCGACUCUUCUGCCUUGCUCCAGGCUCUGAAGCAGAUCCCCCCCUUAAGCUUAGAAACCAAAGACUAAACUCUUUAGGGGAUCCUGCUGCUUUGCUUUCCUUCUUCCCUACUUCAAAAAAACACACACAAAUGUUUUUGUGAGUGCAGCAAGAUUGUUCAUUGUGUAUACGAAGAUAAUCUGAGGCACAGAGAAAAUGCAGGGUGUGUGCGUGAAAAUGUGUGUGUGCGCGUGUGUGCCUGUGUGUUUGUGCAGGACAUUAAAGCUCCCUUUGGUGUACGGAAGACACGAAGGACUGCUUGAAAUCAGGAGAUGUAGGGGAGGCUUGUAGCAGAUCUCUGGGCCCUACCCAGAGAAUAGCCCCCUUUGAUACAAAUCAGCUGGAUUUUCGAAAGCUUCAAAGUCUUAGUCUGUGAGUCACUCUUCAGUUUGGGAGCUGGAUCUGUGGCUUUGAGCAAAAGGUACUUUCAGAAGAUGGUUUUCCAGAGCACAGCUCCCAGCCAGCUGUUAGGACCCCACCCAGCUCCCUUUAUGGUGGACGUGACUCACCAGACAACCAGGAGAGAGCAGUCAGAACUUUCUGCUAAAGUGGUGAGGUAGCAGACACUGGCAUAGCACGGUAGUGGUUUGGGGAGAUUUCCGCAGGUCUGCUCCCCGCCCCUGCCUCAGAUGAAUAAAGAGAAUGUAGUUCCCUACUCAGGCUUUCAUAGUGAUUAGCUUACUGAGGAACCGAAAAUGCCCCCUUUGUAUGAGUUGAGCUGCCAGGGAAGGAGGGCGGAGUUCCCCAGGCCUCUGGCACCUGUUUUUAGUCUCAUCAAAAGGAUGUGCAGUCCAGGGAAUCAAAUGAGGUCUGAAAGCAUAUGCCUCAAGCGCCCCAAAGUGCACAAAGCCUUUAAGGCAGAAGUAGACUCCGUUUAAAAUUCUACCCGGAAGCUUUUAACCAAGCUUAGCUUCUCAAAGUCCUAACCAAGCCUUGGUACUGCAGGGUCAUUUCUGUAGGCUGAUUCCUCUUGCCUGACAGCAUAUGGAGUGUCCUUAUUGCUAAGAGGGGUUCUGUCUCCUUCAGAGAAGUUUUAUUUUUGAUCCAGAGUUCUUGUUUCCCUGACCCGUCCAGCCGGCCCUGCACCAGCUUUCAAACUGCACUAUGCUUGAUCGCGGAUCGUGUUUUAACUUCUUUUCCUGUUUUUAUUUUGGUAUAAAGUCGUUGCCUUUAUUUGUAAAGCUGUUAUAAAUAUAUAUUAUAUAAAUAUAUUAAAAAGGAAAAUGUUU